AUGCCUGCUCCCAUCACAUCGACCACCUCGAUCACUACGAAAGACUGGACGCUCUCUGGAUUGCUGGAGAAUAGCAACUUUCAGCAGGUUCAUCGGGUCUCCAUACACGACGAGUUAUGGCCCACAAAAGCCGACGAAGCCGAGCGCCAGGGAAUACCACUCAUCGUUGAGGGUUGGCAUACAGACCCGAGAUGGUGCGGGGCCUUCGACGCGGACCGGCUCGUAGCAAAAGAUGGAGAUACUGUGCUCUCGGCGCGUAACGUUCAGAACUACAAAGACAUAGACAUGACACUCUCCGAUUUCGUCGAACACUCCCGUACGACUUCGCGCUUCACGACAGGAGGUGAGUCAACGUCGUUACGCGAUGUCGAUUGCCCUCAGGAUUGGAGGGACUGGCUUCACUCUGAUGUAAUCCCGCCAGAACUACAACCAGGUGGAUCCAAAGACCUAUUGGCACAUCUUCCUCAUUCUGAACGACUUGAGACUAUCAUGUGUUAUUACGAGAUCGGCGGGAUCUUCACACCUCUCCAUAAAGACCUGUGUGGAUCCACGGGACAUAAUCUCAUGUGCCACACAGAGAACGGCAGUUCGUUCUGGUUCAUGACCGCCUCCGAUGCCGCCCCGGAGGUUGCGAAGUAUUUUCAGGAGACGCUGGGGCAAGAGUUGGACUGGGAGAACCAUGCUAUGACCAUCGAGGAGCUGAGGGACGCUCCAUUCCCCGUAUACGUCGCGGAGCAAAGGCUUGGUGAUCUGUUCAUUAUUCAGCCUAGAAGCUGCCAUCAGGUGGUCAACCAUGGCGGUCUAACGAUGAAGCUGUCGUGGUCGAGAAUAACGGUCAAGGGACUGAUGACAGCUUUGUUGUAUGAAUUGCCCAACUAUCGGCGGGUCUGCCGACCAGAGAUUUGUCGCACUAAGUCAGUCUUGCACCACUCGCUCCGCCACUACACCGAGGAGCUUGAG